AUGGCACGCUUAAGCCACCUUCUACUUGCCUCUCUCUCCAUCUUUAACGGUGUACUUGCAUCCAAAUCUGCCGUCUUGGACCUCACACCUGAUAACUUCGACAGCGUUGUCCUGAACUCCGGCAAACCAGGUCUUGUUGAAUUCUUUGCGCCAUGGUGUGGACACUGCAAGAACCUCGCUCCCGUCUACGAAGAACUAGGCCAUGCAUUUGCAUCUAGCAGCGAGAAGGUACAUAUCAGCAAAGUCGAUGCCGAUGCCCACCGACCUCUAGGCAAAAGAUUCGGCGUCCAGGGCUUCCCCACACUCAAGUGGUUUGAUGGAAAGAGUGAUAAGCCAGAAGAUUAUAGCGGUGGAAGGGAUAUAGAGAGCUUGACCAAGUUCGUUGCCGACAAAACGGGCAUCAAGCCCAAGGCAAAGAAGACCCAGCCUAGCGAUGUUCAGAUGUUGACUGAUUCUACCUUUGAUAAGACUAUUGGUGGUGAUAAGGAUGUUUUCGUUGCUUUCACUGCCCCCUGGUGUGGACACUGCAAAACCCUUGCUCCAAUCUGGGAGACUCUGGCAACCGACUUCAUCCUGGAGCCCAACGUUGUUAUUGCCAAGGUUGAUGCCGAAGCUGAAAAUUCCAAAGCUACUGCGAAAGCCAACGGCGUUGCUUCUUAUCCAACGAUCAAGUUCUUCCCUCGUGGUUCCAAGGAAGCUGUCCCAUACUCCGGUGGCCGAACCGAGAAGGCCUUUAUCGACUUCCUGAACGAGAAGUGCGGAACCCACCGUGAAGUUGGUGGUGGUUUGAACGAUAAGGCGGGCACUAUCGAAACCCUCGAUGCUAUUGUGGCGAAAUACAUUUCGGGAACUAAUCUCGAGACCAUGGUCACUGAGAUUAUGGAAGCUGCUAGGUCUCUUUCGGCCAAAUACGCCGAUUACUACGUCAAGGCUGGAAAGAAGUUGCUGGAGAACGCCGAGUAUGCUAAAUCGGAGCUUGCUCGACUGCAACGUAUCUUGAACAAGGGCAACCUUGCCCCUGAGAAGAUUGAUGACUUGAUUUCACGAAGCAACAUCCUUCGUCGCUUCUUAAGUGAUGAGAAGGCUAAGGAAGAGUUGUAG